UGGUGUGAUUGAUGAGACCCGCCAAGAUCUCAAGUUAUGGCUCUGCAAGUCCCAGAAGUGACGGCGUUUCUCCGGUCAAGACAUGUUCAAGUCGUUGAUGAGUGGACCGUGGAAUGCCUGGACUGGCUCCAACAAGAGUAUCAGGGCCAAAAUGUCAAACCAAAUGAGAUGAAGCAGUAUGUGUAUGACCAAUGGCUGGAUUCGGAUCUCACAGAAAUCGCCUCGCCUGCACUGCCCCCUGGAAUUGCACAGCAAAGGAAGACACAACUGACAGGCAGUUACGUACUGCAGAUCAAUUCUGUGCAGGACAUCAGCACGCCUGCAUAUGGCCAGCUGAUCAAACUUCAAGGAAAAGAAAAUGAAAAUGUUCUGGUGACGGCCACCCAGGCAACCCAGCAAACCCAAAGCAAGUUUGAGCAAAAGUCAAGCCGCAUGCUGAUGCUGCAACUCACCGAUGGUCACCAGUCGCUUGAAGGAAUGGAGUACCAGCCAAUAUCCCAACUCAGUGUUAAUAUAUUACCAGGCACAAAGAUCUUAGUCCAUGGGUCGGUGCAGUGCCGUAUGGGUGUUCUCAUGCUGACAGCCAACAACGUCAGAGUACUUGGUGGGGAUGCAGAGUCCCUGGCCGAAAACAACUCACAGAUUCAGAUUCUGUCCCGAGCUCUUGGGCUUGAUGGAAGCCAACAAAGCCAGCAAGAGCCAGUUCCGGCUGCAUCCAACCAAAGACAACCGGCUCCUCAGUCUCCUAUUGAUCUCACUGGUGACAGCGAGAUCAUCAGGAAUACCAGUAGCUCUACUGGUAGAUCCAAUCACAACAAACAAAGAGCAGCAUCUCAUGUGAAUGAGGAAGAUGGCUUCUUCAGUGAUGACCUUGGGGAAGACCUGGAUGCUCUGAUGCUGAAUGAGAUCGAGAGGAUUGAGGAGAUGGACCAGAUCCAGCAACUAGCCAGCAGUGCUGGAGAGGAAACAGAAUGGCCGGCCGAUGAGGAAGAGAUCGAUGAGAUGUGGUUGGAGCAAGUUGAGCAGAAUCACGACGUCCAAUCAACCGAUCUUUCAAAACAGAAUGCGACAACUAAAAACAAGAGCAACAGUGCACCAGUUAUCACUCGCACAGCGCCAAACAUUUCAACACUGAAUCAAGUUCCUCAACAAAGCCGGCAGGCCCAGAAGGAUGCCAAAGUCAAGACGGAGCCCUUUGCAGCCAGGCAGGGGAACGUUAAGCAGCCAACUUUGAGCAAAAUAAACCUUAGCAGCGUCAACAGCCUUACAAGUGUUCGCCACCAAGAUCUAAAGAUGGAAAGCAAACGUCCUGAUAAAGAAGGUCUUGGAAAUGUUUUCAAGACAAAUAUGCCAGACUCUAAAGGUGCAUUCAGUAGAACUAAAGACGAACCCAGUGCCAACAGAAGUACAAAUGUUUCGUCAAACACAAAAAUUGGAAACAAUCCUAGAACCAGUGACCAACAUGCUCACAGAGAUAUUCCAUCCAAAGCUAAUUUAGACUCCAAGAAAACACUUGACUACAAAGUCCCAACAGUUCCUCAAUUUCUCAAGAACAAGGAGACGGCAGGACCAGAGACCAAACCACUGGUUGACUUCCAACAGAAGGCCCAAUCCUCUGAACCCUCAACUUCAUCAAGUGACCCCAUCACCAACUUCCUUAAUUUGCGGACGGGUGUCGCAAAGCCAGCACCAGCCACAGGAAUAGCUGCCCGGAUCACCAAAGAGCCCCCUCAGGGAAAAUGGGACAAUAAUGCCAAGAUAUCAAGUCUUGCUGCGACUGUGCAGAGUAGUACAUCGGGCUCGGAAGACACUGAGACUAGUUUUGAGGAAGGUUUGAGUGCUGCAAAGCGGAGACGUUUUCGUUCCAACGAAGGAGGUUGGGCUGAUCGCGGCAUGGCAAGUUCGUCUAUAGUCGCACUGUCAUCAGUCAUGGGUAGGAUUCAAGCUCAGGAUAUAUUCACAUUCACUAUCAAGGGCUUUGUCGUAACACUGAUUUCUGCAUUGAGCAAAAAUGAUGGCCACUGGAGUAUCUCUGCAAAGAUCAGUGACAAGUCAGCGACGCUGGAUGUCGACCUGUCUAACGAGGUUUUGACUGGCCUUAUAGGAUUCUCUGUUACUGAGAUGAUUCAAUUAAAGAAAACAAUAAAAACUUCAGAUCCAGUAAAGGCCAAAGAACUGGAGACAAAACUGCGGCAGGGUCUGGCACAGUGCCAAAAGUCCCUGAUCAACAUGCACUGCACCUUGACCGUCCAAGUCCGUUCAAAUCAAGAGCGCCCCCUUGUGAUCGCUGUGGGUAAGACGGACCCGGCGGAUCUGGCCACUAACUUCAGAGAGGUGCCCGGCAAGUCGUGACAACCAGCGUCAUCCAACGAUGUUGAAUCGUAGGAUUGUUUUAAUACCUGGUGAAGUGAAGUGAGUGACACAUGCAUGAACAAAAGUUUAAAGUUUCUGUUCAAGUUGUGGUUGUUAGUUGCAGAACGAAUUAUGAACUCAUAAAUGGUUGAUUAUGCUUUUGUUCUUAAAAAUGGGAGCUCCGGUGCGUGGGUCACAUCACAGGAGUGGACACUGUUUCGCGUGCGUAUGACGCAAGGUACAUCUCAAAUCUUGCAACGGAACUGGGCGCAUUGCAGCACUUUCAUCCAAGUAUCCAUCAUGUAUAUCCCUUUCAGUAACCACUUCACGCCGGGAUUAUUUUGACAAGAAAGGAACGAGGCACGGGAUUACUUUUCACUGGAGCUCAAGCCACUUUUUACUGGAGCUCAAGCCAUCACUUUUUACUGGAGCUCAAGCCACUUUUCACUGGAGCUCAAGCCACUUUUCACUGGAGCUCAAGCCACUUUUCACUGGAGCUCAAGCCACUUUUCACUGGAGCUCAAGCCACUUUUCACUGGAGCUCAAGCCACUUUUCACUGGAGCUCAAGCCACUUUUCACUGGAGCUCAAGCCACUUUUUACUGGAGCUCAAGCCAGUAAGUUGAAGCCAUCACCCUUGGGCAGUGCACUCGUGAUUACGCCUUCGCUCGCUGCGAGUGGGUAGCUGACAGAUAUUUCCGGCCUCGCUCCCUGUGUGUUUAUCUGUCAUCCGUUCCAAAUAUUGCAAAACUUUUGUGUGUAUACACGGCCUCCGGCGCGAACUGGUUAAAUAAAUGAUGAAGAGGUACCUGUUUUUUUACUUGAGCCACCUUUCCACAAGUGUGCUUUCAGUCAUUUUUGUUUCAGCAAAUGUGAAGCCCAAUUUAAACUGUAGGCCUACAUCCAUGAUGGACAUGACACGCACAAACAGCGUACUUACAGAAAGGCAGCUUUUAGUGCACCUUUAAACAUGACAGAAGUUGAACUUGUUUCUGUUAUUGACAGCGCUGCUUUCUUCUGGGAUGUAAAUCCUCCUGCAAUUGCCUGAUGGCUCUUUUAUUCAAUUGUGAAAAAACAAUUUUAGCACCAUACACGUGUGUGCAGUUUUUCCCUUUUACCUCAAAUUUAAGGCAAAUUGUGUCUGAGUCUACUUACAUCUCUGUUUCCAUUUUUCUCUCUGUUGAGGAAGGAGUUCUCCGUUGUUAUACCUUUUGUUAAUCUUACAUAAACAUGUUACAGAAAUGAGACUGGGCUUGCCUAUUUAUUAGCUCGUCUAGAAAAUCUAAGUUUAGAACAAAGUUUAUGCUCAGUGUCCGACAGUCAAUCAAUUGGAGUCGGGGAGUCAGUCAGUCGUUUGGGA